AUGGCUGUGCUGACCUCUCAGAAAUCAUGGAGGUAUCGGCGAGUGCUCUUGUCUGGUGAUUGGGAAUCGCCUUCGGAAAGGCCUGUCCGUUUUCACAUUCCCACAACUUUUCAAACAGUUGGGAAGUUGAAGCAGCCGAUUCCCACAAGGGCUGACAUACAAAAAGUUGAGCGAGUGAAGAAGAAGGUACCCACUGCCGAUCGGAUUUAUUCGGACUUCCUUUUUAUUGCAAACUUGAUCAAGGCCCGUCUCGUCGACCCAUCAAAGAGUAACUGCUUUUAUUACUGUUUUGAUGGAUGCUCGGAAGAUGUUGGAGACCUCAAAAAGGCGUCUCCUAAUAGGGGCCAAGGCCAAGAAGCAGCGGCAACAGUAGGUGGGCUCUUCGGCCUGGAAGGUCGCAGCUCUCGAGCUGUCAGUUGA